AUGGGCGCGCGCUCCGCGGCCGGGCCCCGCGCGCGGGCCGGGCGCCUGCCGCUGCCGCUGCUGCUGCUGCUGCUGCUGCUCGGGCCGCUGGCGCAGGGGGCGCGGGGCCGCGGCGGCGCCGAGAAGAACAGCUACCGCCGCACGGUCAACACCUUCUCGCAGAGCGUCGGCAGCCUGUUCGGCGAGGACAACGUGCGCGCCGCGCAGAAGUUCCUGGCCAGGCUGACCGAGAGGUUCGUCUUGGGGGUGGAUAUGCUAGUGGAGACGCUGUGGAAAGUGUGGACAGAGCUCUUGGACGUCCUGGGACUUGACGUCUCCAACCUGUCCCAGUACUUCAGCCCGGCCUCGGUGGCCAACAGCCCCGCCCGUGCCCUGCUGCUGGUGGGCGUGGUCCUCCUGGCCUACUGGUUCCUGUCUCUCACCCUGGGCUGCACCUUCAGCGUCCUGCACCUGCUGUUCGGCCGCUUCUUCUGGAUCGUGCGGGUCGUCCUGUUCUCCAUGUCGUGCGUGUACAUCCUGCACAAGUACGAGGGCGAGCCCGAGAGCGCCGUGCUGCCGCUGUGCUUCGUCGUGGCCGUCUACUUCAUGACCGGGCCCAUGGGCUUGUACUGGCGCGGCAGCCCCAGCGGCCCCAGCGGCCCCGGCAGCCCCGGCGUGGAGGAGAAGCUGGAGCACCUGGAGAACCAGGUCAGACUGCUCAACAUCCGCCUCAACCGGGUGCUGGAGAGCCUGGACCGCAACAAGGACAAGUGAAGGUCGGCCGGCCGCCUGGGUCCUCUCCACCAGCGCGGGCUCUCGGAAAACCAAAAAGGAGGAAAAAAAAUAGCAGCAAACCCUAAACACUCUUAAUAAACACUGCUGAGCGAGACGGUGGCACUUUGGGAGGGUGUGGAGAGGGCAAGGAGGGCGUCUGUCCGACGCCACGCCACGUGUCGGCAGCGGGAGGAAUAUUUUUUAAACAAAGGCUGUAACCAUAUUAGCUGUACAGUCAGAGAUUUAUCUGUGCAUAGAGCAUAAUGUUACUUUUUUCAGGCAUUUAAAUACAUCUUUUGUAAGGCUUUUUUAAUACGGGCAGAUGGAGUGAAGUUUAUUCAGACUUUACGCUGAGGGGGAGAGUGUGCCGCCUUGUGUUUCGGGAAGGUUCCGGCGUGUUUGCCUGCGCAGCUUGUGGACAACACCCUCUCUCGGGUCCUAGCCGGCCCCGCCAGGCCCUGCAAAGCCCGGUCCAUUAUGCUCGGGGGAGGCCGAGAUCCAUUUUCCUCUGUAUUUUAACCUCCACAUUCCCGAAAGGAAAAUGCAAGGACGGGGCUGGGACACAUCUCUGGGGCCUGAUGCCAAGAGCCGGGGAGGUGUUGACGUCCCCAGCACCUGCUGGCCGACUCCCGGCUGUGGUCUGCGUGGGAACGCUGCGCCCUCAGGUGCUUCGUUUGUUUCGCUUGGUUGUGGUUGACCCGGGACUCCUGGCCUUUGCUUGCUGCUCACAAAGCAGCCUGGGGUCAUCAGGAGAUCCUGGUGUCGAUGCGUGCUCCGUGCUUUUGGUCUGCAGAGCGUUGUGUCCUCGUUUGAGGUCAUCUCUGGGUCCAUGGUGGGUGGACAGCUGUGUGGGUCCCAGGCCGGGGAGCUUCGGGGAAGAUGGGCCCUUGCUGGGAUCUCACUGGGAUCUCACUGGGAAGGGAGCUGGCUUUUGCAGGAGGUGGUUUCGCAGGCUGCUGGGGACGGCACCUGUCCCCCAGAGCCCUCCUGCGGAUUCGCACGGACCCCUGUCGGAUCUGGGGGAGCUCAGACCUUAUGGUCGCCCAGGCGUCAGCCUGAAGGCUUAGCUGUCUGCCAGCUCUUGGGAAGCUUGUGUGUGAAGUUGUAUUUUUGGUUGCAAGUGUCUGGAAGAAGAUGUCUGAAGCUUGUAUUUCUAAGGUGCACAUCACGGGACCCAGUCUCUCCUGCAUCCGGGUCUCCCUGUUCUCCAGGGUUGCCUGGCUGAGCCUUUAUCCUGGACUCGGGAUUGAAGCCAUUCCAGUCUUGUCGUUAGACACACAGACGAUCCACGUUGGCACAGGUGUGAGUGACGGGAUGUCCUCCUUGCCCUCUGUCCUUCCCUGUGACCGGCUGUGCCACCUUUAGGUGCCGAAAUGCAGCCAGGGGAACACCGGCACCCUGCACCGUGCCAGGGAGCCGGGCCCUUGCCCUGCCUCCUCCCUUGUGGCUCAGGGAGAUGCCUGGUGGUGAAACCAUCCUGGGCUGGGUGUGACCUCCCCUCUGCUCUCCCUCCCCGGCUUCCUCCGGGUGUGCAGGGCGCUGAGCUCGCCAGGCGCAGACAGACAUCAGCAGUUGGCUAAGGGUGGACCCUGGAGCCCCUCCCGUUUUGGUUGCACUCGAGGGACAGCGGCAUCCUCACUAGGCAGAGCUGGUGACGCCGGAGCACUUGAGCCCAGCGCGUUAUCUGGAGUUCUCAUCGAUGCCCUAGAUGUCAGCUGCGAAACGUUUUUAGCGAUUUUUAAUACACAGAUUCCACUUUUGUUCAGGAAAAUUCUUGGCCCCAAAUAGUUUGGGGUUUUUUCUUGGUUUAUUUCUCCAUCCCACAGAAGCUUUGUAGGGCAUUUGGCCUCCCCUCGCCAUCUCUCUUUUCUCACUUUUGUAUGUGGAAAAAUGUAUUUUUGUACACAUUUCUCAUACCUGGAAGAGAAACUUUUGUAAUCUUCAGGGCUGAAGGGUCGGCUAGAGCUGUGCUUCGCGGGGUGUGAUCCCAGAACAUUCCGGUGAAAGUCGCUGGGGAUCCGUUACCAUUCUUAGAUGUCUUUAGUUUCAUGUUGUUGGCGUCCCCAGGCGCCAGUAUCCCAGGAGCUAGCCUGUAGGGUGGGAGGCGUGGCCAGGCAGAGCCCUGGGUGUGUGCGGGCCUGGGGGGGUCGCCGGGAGCCACGCUGCCCUCCCUGGCGUCUUCCCUUCACGCCUCUGCCGGGAAUCGCUCCUGCAGCCACAGCAUCGCAACAACGGGCCUUGUGCGUCGUGCUGGGCUCUUCAUUCAGAGGGGUGACCGAGGGCCGGCGCCCAGAGGCGAAUGCCACCAGGGAGGUUUUCACAGGGGUCCCCAGCAACGAGCAGCAUGGGGGGCCACGCAGGCGCUGUGUGGGGUGCAGGCUGGGGUCUGUCGUCGGGAACGUUACAACGCGACUUGCAGGCCCAGGAGGGCUGCCAUGAAGGCGUGAGGGAAGCCCUGUGCUCACCGGUGGGGCUGUCGCUCAGCAGACCUCAGGAGAGGCGGAGCACGACAGAUGUCAGGCAGACAGUACGGCUGACGCUGCUCCGCGCUGGCGGGAACCCUGAAUCCCUGCGUGGGGUGGGCUUCGUGGUGACAGCAGCCUCGCGGGCUGCCCCCUGCUGACAGACGUAACCAGAGCCAGCUCUUGCCGGCCAGCUGGUGGCAGGGGGCAGCAGGAGUUCCCAGGGCUUCUCCCAGCUUUUACCCAGAAGCGCGUCACCAGUUUGAGUGUGGAUGUUCUGGUCUUCUCGUGUGAGUGACAGAACGACACAGACGUAGGUUGCAGCAGGACCCUUACAGUUCGCCCUGGACAGUGCCCGGCGUGCUAGGCGCAGCUUUUGGUGAGAAGGCCCGGCUUUGUUCCAACACUGGAUUCUAUGCUUUGCUCCUCACUGGGUUUUCGACACCAGGAUCUGCAGUGGUACCGGCUUCUCUCGUGGUGGCACGAGCUGAUUGUCGCUUGUAUUUCCACGGGGAACCCACGGCAGCUCACGGCGUCAUCGACCCUGUGUUCCGAUGUCCUCUGUGCAGGGUCAGAGGUCGCGCCAUGUCACUGUAACAUCGCAUGUGCGUCCCGCGUGGUGCCAUCGCUCCCGGGUGAUGGCGCCGGGAUUAGCACACGCUUCCAGGCCAGCAAAGCAGUUAUCUCCCUCGACUGGAAUCACCCUUGUGAGGUGAGGCACCAUUAUCAGCAGCGCAUUUAUGAUUCCACUCGUAUUUGUGCUUUGGGUUAUAAAUUUUAUAUAGCGUUAAUUGGACGCUGUAGAUCUGUUUGGUUUGAACACAGUGGUGUUUGUGCUUUUUAGUUCUAUUUGGGAAACUGAUUCUGCAAGAACCUUAGAUAGACAUAAAUGUAUUGGGCUUAGAAUCAUUUUUUUUGCAGUAUCUACAAUCUUAUUUAUUAAAUCACUGGACUUGGUGUUAUGUAGAGAUAUUUGUAGAUUGAUUUCAGAACAGAAUUAAAAUAUUGUGGAAAUUACGGCUUAAUAAACGUUUGUUGUAAUUUUGU